GAACCCAGAUGCCGAGAAGGAAAAAGAAAUUGAUCGAUUACGUGAGGAAAACUGUAAAUUAAAGACGGACAAUGCAGAACUAAUUCAUCGCCUCAAUGAACAUGUAAACACAAUAUCGGAAUUAAAUAAUAUAAUCAAGGUUGCCGGAGAUGAAAAAGCCAGUUUACUAACUGCUAUUCGCUUAAUCCAGUCUGAUGAUAUUAAUGUUAGAUCAAACAAUAACGAAUCUCAAGUAUGGACACAAAUAGAAAGUAAAACCCAAGGUAAAACAAAGAACCAAACACCUUCGCGACGUAUUAAUCAAGCGAGCAACCAAAUUUUAGAACCAAAUCAAUAUGCCUCGUUGGCGGUUGAUGAAUCUAAUGAAAACAAAGAUAUGGAUCAUAAUGUCACCCCUAGUUCAACACAUAUAGAAAAUUCGACAAACUCCGGUAGAAGAAUACAACACCAAAAGGAAAAGCAAAGAUACUCGGUCGAACCGACACAACAACACAAUGCCUCAAGCUCAAAGUCUACCGAAGGCCCGAUAGCGAUCCUAGGAGACUCGAUGUUAAAGAAACUAAGUCCUUCAAGAUUACGCCGUUCGACUGGGAAAAAGAUUAUAGUCAAGACGUUUCCUGGAGCAACUACUUCGGACAUGAAGCAUUAUAUUAAACUUACUCUGGAGAAAAAUCCCCAACUAGUCGUGAUCCACGUUGGAACAAAUGACAUCCAACAUAAAGAGCCCGAGGAGAUAGCUAAGGAAGUUGAAUCACUGUGUAGAACUAUCAUGGUGAACGGCUUGUCAAAAGUCGCUAUUUCAGAGAUCAUCCAGAGGGCAGAUGACAAAUUGAAUACAAAAGUUAAAAAAUCGAAUGUUCUCCUGGCAAAG